AUUGAAUUGUCCUUUUCUCGCAGAAGAAGACGCAAGCGGCCGUACAACAUCACAGAAGACCUCAGUAGUGUGUUAUAAAAAUAACAUGACCAAGGUUAUAUAGUAACACCAUUUGACAAACAUCUUAUCUCGGUCGAGAUGAGCGUCCCCUGUUUCUUGUCAUCAGCUGCCCGAAGCUUCUGCAAACCUGCCGGUCUCCUCUGCUGCCGGAUUCUGGGCCCCAGCUCCUUCACAAGAAGAAGAAAUAUGUCCUCCAGAAGGCAAAUGGACCAUCUACAGAGAACAGCGAACAACUCCAGACAAAAUGUUCUGUAUCCAGCUAAAGUAUGUGGCAUUAUAAAUGAGUCGGAGAUGGUGAAACGUUUGAGAAUUGCUGUCCAUCCAGACUUCACCUUCAAAGCGGGACAGUGGGUAGAUUUCUUCAUUCCCGGCGUAGAGAAGGUGGGAGGUUUCUCCAUGUGCUCCAGUCCGGGUUUGCUGCAGAGGGAAGGCAUUGUUGAACUGGCUGUCAAAUACACCAAACACCCCCCAGCGCUCUGGGUCCACACCACAUGUACAGUCGGCGCCCGGGUGGCAAUGCGUGUCGGUGGGGACUUCUUCUUUGACCUGUCACCCUCAGACCCGUCCGUGGAUUUGCUGCUGGUGGCCGGUGGCGUAGGGAUCAAUCCCUUGUACUCUAUCCUGUUGCACACCACAGAUCUGCUGCGUCUGAACUGUGCCUCUGGUGGUCGGGACUACAACAUAGGCUCUGUCCACCUCUGCUACAGCGCCAAGAACACACAGGAGCUGCUCUUUAAGAGCUCCAUCAUUGAGGCGUGUCGGGAUUUCCCUGACAAGUUCUCCUGUGACUUCCACGUCACGCAACAGUGUACAGAUGUUGACCCACACCUCCAGCCAUUUCUCAAGUGCGGGAGAAUCACAGAGGAUGAGUUGCGUGCUCAUGUGGACCUGCAAAGGACUUUGUGUUUCCUGUGCGGCCCCCCGCCAAUGAUCGAAGCAAUUUCCAAAACCCUCAUGGACUUUGGUCUCCCUAAAGACAGAAUCCUCUUUGAGAAGUGGUGGUAGAACCUCUUGCACUUCCCAGAAAGUUACAGUGUUGUCCUCUUGGCUAACGCUCCUUAUUGCAGGGGAGGAUGUUAUGGGAUGUGGUGAGUGGAAAGUAACUGAAAUAAUAGUAACUGUGAUAAUGACUUUAAUGUGAGUGCUCAAAUACUUGAGGAAAUUCACCUCCGAUCCCUGCUGCUGUGAACUGUGCCUGUGACAGACAUCUGGGACCGCCCGCUCUUCAGCUAGCAGCUGAUUCACAAAGAAAAAAAGAGAUGAGUUUUAUUUAUUAUAAUUUAAAAAGGACUGUAAAAUCUUAACUUUGGCAAGAAGCGUUUCAGCUCCCUGCCUUGCUGAAUAUUGCAACAAACCUGCAACUCCAGUGUCUGCUUAAAGUGUAUGAUUCACACAUUGUGACAAAGAAGUUAACGUCUCAUUUCGAUCAAUCUCAUUUCCAGUGUGUAUUUGCAUGAAUGGUGUUCUGUUUAAACAAAUUAAUAGAUUAUGCUAGCGUUACCCCAAAUUUACCCCUAAAUGUUUACCCACUCCCUAUACCUAUUGUCUCAAAGUAACUUCACAUUUUUGGAAAUACACUUAUUCACUUCCUUGUAAAGAGUUAGAUGAGGUCAAUACCCCUCUUGUACCUGUUAGCUAAACAUAAAGCUACAGCUGCUUAGCUUAACUUAGCAUAAAGACUGAAUUAGAGGGAAACAGCCAACAUGGCUGUUUAUUUUCCAAAUUGUCAAACUAUUGCUCUAAAGUCCCUAGGAUAUAAAGGAUCAGUGCCAGUAAUAGCAAUCUAUACUUUUAUUUUACAUGGUACAUGUUGUACCUGUUCAUCAAAUACCUCUGCUAAUUUAAUAAUUUGUGUUCUUAGAAGUGUUAUACUAUGUGUGUAUAUAUUUACUUAUAACUCAGAGCUAUUUAUUUGCGGAACUGAAGAUUUUAGAGUUGUUUGCCUGAUCAUUUUUAGUCACAUGCGAAAUUUACACAUGUAUUUUUAGAGUCAAAAACAGUCUCCCACAUAUUGGCCAGUGGCCUGUUUUACUCACUCUCACAGUUACAUGCAUACACAGCACAUAUCCCAAAUACACACUUCCACAUACCCAAACUGUUUCUCAACCCGAGGUGGAGCGAGUAUCCCAUGGUGCACUGUAAUGGAACCUCCAGGUGGUCUCUGGUCGGCUUGGAUCACUGAACAUCCCCCUGAGAUGGUUGCAAGCUUCUUCUUCUUGUCUCAGUAGGGGGGGUUGCACUGUCAAAACUCAUUUUCGAGUUGUUUCUGUGUUCCUCAUGAGGAAAUUGUGUAUCCUGGUAAAAUGAGAUUAAACAGGAAUAAAGGAGUCUGUUUUCCACCA